CGCAGCCCUUUACAUCUAUCCUACCUUGUCCAAAUUCUUCGGUUCCCGCCUUUUCGUUCUCCUCCCCUUUCCCUUUUCCCUUCUCUUCUCUCUGCUGUCUCACAAUUUUGAGAAAUCAAGUCACGGAUCGGAUCGGUCGCUGUUGAGACGCCUUGGGAGGAUAAUUCCUUUUCCUUUAACGUCAUCUUUCCUCCAUUUCUCUCCGUAGUACUUUUCUCUCCAAAUCUUCCUUGUCCGCAGCUCUGUUGCGUUUCUUGUUGUCCAUUGGCUCAGUGGAUUUAUUUACCGACCAAAUCUGGACAGCUACUCCUCCCCUAUCUUUUGUCGCCUUGCCCUCUAUCCAUCCUUACAUUGAUUGAUUGAUUGAUUCUACUAUCUAUCGUAGGCGUCCUGCCCAAUCCGUCUCAUAAAAAAAAUCGUCUAGUCUUGUUUUUAUUUUUAUUUUAUUUAUUUAUUUUUCUAGCUCCGAAUCUGACAUCGGGGGAUUUCUUCUGUUCGCGCCAGCGCCAGUUGAAAGAGCUACGGUAAUAUUGGCCUUGUCCCUGUUUAUCCGCACUCCGCUUUCGCCUACCUAGGUAGUCCGCCCCUUUGCGCACAAGCCACCCACCACCGUGGAGAUUUUGAACAAGUUUGAGCCUUGUCGCCUUACGAAAUCUGUUUGGUGCCUGACGACUUUUAUCGCCAACAACGGUCGCGGAACCACUUUGACGCCACUCCCGUGCGAGAUACAUACCAUACUUCAUUUGUGCGAAUCCUCGCCGAACACGUUUACUGGCGCGCCAGAGUUUCCCCUCCUUUUGCACCCCGGAAAGCGUGUCGGCAUCGAUUUUCUUUUGUCCUUGUUCUUUUUGUUCUUCACUUGCGUGUUGCAAAAGCCAAUCAACUUUUUUUUUUCCUUAGCUCGAUUUCUGUCACGGCCAAAGCUCCUUCCUCCACAACUUUAGCGUCCGCCCUUCGUCCCUUCCCCUCCCGUCGUCGAUAUCAGCCUCCUGUGGUCCUCUGACUGAUCACUUCAAUCAUUCGGAUCGAAAAUCGUCAAUCGACCCCUCCCACCACAACCUCGCGAUGGCUGACAACGGAGCUCCUGCCCCGGGCACUCAGCUGCCUCCCCCGCCCCAGGCCAAUGCUGGCGCGCCGGGCUUCGAUAACCCGCAGAACGGUCAAUCCGGUCCCAUGGCCCCUCCGCCUCUGCACAUUCCCCAGAACACCAACCCGAUCCCGACCGCCAUUACAUCGCCCAUGGGAGGUGGGGAUCAGAGUGCUUUGAUGUCUCCAGGUGGAACAUUCACCCGACGCACUGCGCCCGAACCUAACAAGCGCGCGCUUUACGUCGGUGGUCUGGACGCUCGGGUCACCGAGGACGUGCUGCGCCAAAUCUUUGAGACGACCGGCCAUGUGCAGAACGUCAAGAUCAUCCCGGACAAGAACGCCAAGGGCUACAACUACGGUUUCGUCGAGUAUGACGAUCCCGGCGCGGCUGACCGUGCCAUGCAGACCUUGAACGGCAGGAGGGUUCACCAGUCGGAAAUCCGAGUCAACUGGGCCUACCAGGCUGCAACCAGCGCAACCAAGGAGGACACGUCCAACCAUUUCCACAUCUUCGUGGGUGAUCUCUCCAACGAGGUCAAUGAUGAGGUUCUUACGCAGGCUUUCUCCGUCUUUGGCUCUGUAUCCGAGGCGCGUGUGAUGUGGGACAUGAAAACCGGCCGAUCCCGUGGUUAUGGCUUUGUUGCAUUCCGCGACCGCUCCGAUGCCGAGAAGGCAUUGAGCUCCAUGGAUGGAGAGUGGCUCGGUUCCCGUGCCAUCCGCUGCAACUGGGCAAACCAGAAGGGCCAACCCUCUAUCGCUCAGCAGCAGGCCAUGUCGGCCGUGGGAAUGACCCCCACGACGCCGUUCGGUCACCAUCACUUCCCGACCCACGGAAUGCAGAGCUACGAGAUGGUAGUCAACCAGACGCCCGCCUACCAGACCACCUGCUACGUCGGCAACCUCACUCCGUACACCACCGCCAACGAUGUGGUUCCCUUGUUCCAGAACUUUGGCUACGUUGUUGAGUCUCGAUUCCAAGCGGAUCGUGGGUUCGCUUUCAUCAAGAUGGAUAGCCACGAGAAUGCCGCUCAGGCCAUCUGCGGCCUCAACGGGUACAACGUGAACGGAAGACCUCUCAAAUGCAGCUGGGGUAAAGAUAAGAACUCGACCAACCCUCAGGGCAACUUCGACCCUUCGCAAGCCUUCAGCCCUCAGAGUGCCGGAGGCCCUGGCUUCCCCGGAACCCCCUCGACCUACUUCCCGCAGUACGGCGGCCAAUUCAGCGGCCCCCAGGGCAACUUUGGCCCCAACUCGGCGCAGUCUCCCGCAGGCUUCCAGCAGCAGCCCAUGCCAUUCAGCAACCCGCCUAGCGCAGGUGGCUAUGGUCGCGGACAGCAGGCACCGAAUGCUCAGUGGUCGUCACCGCAAGGCCAGCCGCAGAACUUCAACAACAACGGCUUCUCCGGCUACCAAGGCUAAUCACCUCCUCGUUGUCUUCGAAACCCAAGUGUCUUGUAUCCCAUAUCCGCCAUGUGAAUCCGAACGGGUCCAUGUGAACGGCACAGGUUUGCUCGUGGAUAAUUCGCAUGGGAGAGAUAAAACGAAGCCAAAAAAAACCCCAAAACAUCUGUGCUCGCAGUGAAGCGUCUUGUCUUCGCUUGACUGCAAUAUUUUAUGUUCUAGGAGCACUUGUUCUUAUUCUCGACUGGAAGCUUUUCUGAUUUUUCGUUUUACAUUUCCGAUGCUCUUGUGGUUUACAAAAUGGAUGGGAUGGUCUUUUCUUCCCCGGUUUCAAUGGCCUGUGUUUCCUAACGGGCUCCAGAUGUCUCUGUUCUAUUCCUCUCGUUGUCGUCGAUUUCUCCUCUAUGCUGGUAUGUUAUGCGAGGCAUUUACAAUAUCCUGAGUUUUGGCCCUUUGUAGUAUUGCACGCAUUGUCACCCUUGACGAGGGAAAAAGUUUUCGUUCGAUUUGAUUUCCUUGCUGGAUACCACCUCGAGCAUAGUGGACUGCGUUCUUCGACUUCCUCCUUCUCGACUCUUAUGACUUACGAUUUUUCGCUACCUCCUGCAAACCAUGUCCUUAAUAUUUGUGUCUUGCCACAUAUUUGGCCACCGGCUCUAAACAUUGAUAACUUUUUCUUUCCUUCUUUUUCUCUUUCUCUUCCUUCGCAUUAUUACGGAUGGGACGGUCUCUGAAUUCUCUUCUUUUUUUCUCUUUCUUUUCUUUGGUGUCCAGAAGAAUGGACCUUGUGGUUUAAUCCGUUUGGGCCUAAUUGGCCGGGAAUGAUCUAUGGUGGAAGUAGACAGACUGCUACAGCAAAAAGAGGCGCAGCUCGACCUAACGAAUUCAAAAGCCAGCUCGGUUGAAUUUAUGCGAGUACAAACUUAGAGAGCAGUUUUGCUAGAAUGGCGUUUUGGUUGCGCUCACAUCAUAGUACGGUGUGCGUUUGAUUAAUCUGCCCGCAGCUUAAGUACUUUAUAGCUCUUGGACUUGUGAUUUUCACGGUAGUCGUCAAGCGAUACGGAUAGGGGCUAGGGACUUUGGGGCAUCAUGGGCUUGCCUGCCCACAAACUAGGUACGCUCGGAUCACUACUCGGGAUAACUACUGUAAGUGGGCGGGCGGCCUGGCGAAUGAUGCGAGCCGUGCUGUCCCCUCGGGUAACCUGGUCGUAGCUCCUCCUUCUGUACGUCAUUGGGACAGAGAAAGCCAUUUGGCGACUUCUACAGCCUAUUUACAGUAAAAUCAAUGCAAUAGCGUGUAUGAGAGAAACAAGCCAAAUCCUUACAUGUUGUACACUGAAUAUAAUGUUUGAAAUACACCUUCAGCCUUGGGUGCGUUUCAGGAAAUAUAAAAAAACAAAAACCAAAAAAAAAAAAAAAACAGUCAAGCUUUAUGGAUGCGUUCUCAGACUCAGGCGCGAUUCUCGGCCUUGAUUUGUGCUCAUGGGCUGGGGUGACUGAUUGUCAGGCCGCGAAUGCCCAAAGGCUUGGAGGGGGACUGUUCACGCAC